GGUCCUCGGGGCUACAGAAGUAGAGGGCGUUGAUGGCCGUCUCUGGCGGAUCUCUGUGGAACAUUUUCCCCAGUUCUGCCGGGGCUGUUUAUACUCUAGCUCAUUCCUAAUUUUCUAGAUUUAUUCCCUGUGGCCUCGACGGCUUUUUAGUUAGUCAUGGCUGCGAGUGCGAAGAGAAAACAGGAGGAAAAACACCUGAAGAUGCUUCGGGAAAUGACCAGCUUGCCUGCCAAUAGGAAAUGCUUUGAUUGCGAUCAGCGCGGCCCUACCUAUGCCAAUAUGACCGUGGGUUCGUUUGUCUGUACCACCUGUUCCGGAAUAUUACGGGGGCUCAACCCACCGCACAGAGUGAAGUCAAUCUCAAUGACAACCUUCACACAACAAGAAAUCGAGUUCCUACAGAAACACAGCAAUGAGGUCUGCAAACACAUCUGGCUAGGGCUGUAUGAUGACAGGAGCUCUGCUGUGCCAGACUUUCGUGAGCCCCAGAAGGUCAAGGAAUUCCUCCAAGAGAAAUAUGAAAAGAAGAGAUGGUACGUUCCGCCUGAGCAAGCAAAGGUGAUCACCUCUGUUCAGGCAUCUGUCUCUGGCUCCUCUGCCAGCAGCACGAGCAGCACCCCAGAGGUCCUGCCCCAGCCCCUAAAAACCCUGCAUCUCAGCAAGGCUCCCUCCAGCCAGUCCCCGGGGAUCAGUCGUGCCCACACGCAGCCUGCAGUGCAGGACAAGAAGUUCGACCUGUUGUCUGACCUGGGGGGAGACAUCUUCGCAGCCCCUCCGUCUCACCCUGCUGCCACCUCAAACUUUGCCAACUUUGCACAUUUUAACAGGGCCCCAGCGCAAAACAGCUCAGCCAUAGACUUUGCCAAAUUUGAUUCAUUUGGAAACUCCAGUGUGUCUUCCCAUUUUGCCACAUCACCUCACUCCCAACCUUCCCAGCAGCCUCCACAGACAGGAGGUGUGUCUGUGCCACCACUGCCCACCAUGGCUCCACCUGCCCCUCAAGCUAACAUGGCAGGGGAGGACCGCUACGCAGCUCUGGCAGAGCUGGACAGCGCCCUAAGCACUGCAUCCCAUAAGGCCUCACAAGGUGUGUUUGAUGCUUCGCCCAGGUCUGCUGCGGCCCCGACCCAGCCUGUACUUCCCAGCAUGCAACAGGGUUUUCCGGGUGCUCCUUCCACAAAUCCGUUUGUAACUUCCGGAAUGGCCCCAGAGCCGAUGCCAACGAACCCCUUCCAGACCAAUGGCAGAGCGUCAGCCUCAGGCUCCAUGAGCAUGCCGGCCGGUUUUGGGAACGCCACCAGCUACUGCCUGCCCACCAGUUUCAGCGGGACCUUCCAGCAGCCGUUCCCUGGCCAGGGCCCUUUUCACCCACUCCCCCCAGGCGCCUACCACCAACAGCCCAAUGGUGGUUUCCCAGCCUAUGGCCAGGCCAAGCCUCCUGCAAGUUAUGGACAGCCAAUCGUAGGAACCGCCCUUUCCAACAAUCCAUUUAUGGGCGGAGCCCCGACAGGGCCCUACCCCUCAGGGGGCUCCUCCACCAACCCGUUCCUCUAAAGCACCUGCCAUGCAUCUCUCCAGCUCCACCCCACCCACUUUCAACAUCACCAAUGUUCUAAACGCCAGAAAAGAUUACUUUUUUUUUUUUUUCACCAUGCUGAGCAUUUGAUGGUUGUAACAGAAGAGAUGUAGAAGACAGAACCCUCGCCCCCCAGCCAUUGUGCGGAAGCCGAGCAACACUCCGUGCGAUUCUUCGUCUCCAUUUUAUGGCUUCGCCUCUAUUAAGUAAAUGUUCUGCGCCUAGAAGUAAAGCUCCUUGUGCAUAUUGAUAUUUGUAAUCCUUUUAAAUGCAUUAUUUACACUAAGAAUUUGCAAUUAGAAGGACGUGGUUCAGAAGGCGAAUGGGGAAGGCUGAGUGAUUUUGCUUUUGGACCUGCUCCAGGGGAGGAUAAAAGGUGAAACCAAAAUGAGAAUAAAGCACCAAUAGCCUCCAGGAGGUAGCGAAUGACGGGUUGACAAACACCCACUGCAGUGUUGAGGGACCAUCAGGCAUAUCACAAGCAGGUGGGGUUAAAAAAGGGGGUGGGGUCUGUAGCACAAAAGGGGACAGGGUAAGUGGUACAUGAGACUCCUGUAUGAUCUACUCGAGAAGCCUUUGAAGCAGGUUUCAUCUAUGCUGACCUCCAUAAAUGGAUUUUUGACUAGGCCAAUAUCUGAUUUAUCAUCACAAGUGUAUAAGGAAAUGUGUACAUAUAUAAAUAUAUGUAUAAAAAUAUUAAAGAUUUUUAACUACGGUA